AUGGCUCCCGAAGACGGCGUCACGGCUCCCAACAGGAGGCGGAGAGUGAAACAGCCGAAGGUUCAUGUCACCAGGAAUCACCAGUUCAUCGCGACGUUCUUCAAGCAGCCCACGUUCUGCUCCGUGUGCCGACACUUCCUCUGGGGGGUGAAUAAACAAGGGUACAAGUGCAGACAAUGCCACGCUGCCAUCCACAAGAAAUGCAUCGACAUCAUCCUCGCCACCUGCACGAGCGCAACCGGCGACAACGGCGAGGACAUGUUCCAGGACGGGCGCUUCAAGAUCGACAUGCCGCACCGCUUCAAGUGCCACAACUACAUGAGCCCCACCUUCUGCAACCACUGUGGCAGCCUGCUGUGGGGCCUCUUCCGACAGGGUUUCAAGUGUGACGACUGCGGCAUGAACGUGCACAGCUACUGUCAGAGCAAAGUGGCCAACCUGUGCGGCGUCAACCAGAAAAUGAUGGCGGAAGCUUUGUCCCAGAUCAGCCAGAGGUCCAAGAAGUCCGACUGCUCAGAGAGCAACAACUCUUAA